CGGGCCUUCGCAACCACAAAGGCCAUCUCAAAUUAGGGCAUUAUUCCAUGAAUGGCGGACAAGGACUUAAUAGCUAUGCCAAUAACUCAACUUAUCAGAGAGGAGGUUUCGAGGCUGUGAAACCGAUCAUGGAAGAAGAAAUCGCGACGAAACUCGACUUAAAAAAUCGCUCAUCUAAGACGCCUUUCCGCAUCGCCGACUUCGGAUGCUCCACCGGGCUCAACUCAUUUCCGGCCAUGCAAACCAUCAUCCAAGCCAUCGAAAAAAAAAUCGACACACAAAAAGGAUUACUUUCCGGGCCCCCGGAUUUUCAAGUGUUCUUCGUUGAUCAAUUGGUGAAUGAUUUCGCCUCAUUGUUUCGUUUGCUUCCCCCGGAAAGGAAUUACUACUCGGCAGCUGUGCCCGGUUCUUUCCAAGAUCGCCUCCUGCCGAAUGCCUCGAUAGAUUUUGCGUAUUCGUCGUGCGCGCUUAACUGGUUUUCAAAGAUUCCUGCAGCUGUCGAAGAUCGAUCAUCGCCGGCGUGGAAUGGAGGGAGAGUUCACUAUACGGGAGCAAGACGAGAAGUUUUUGAGGCCUACGCGAAACAUUUUGCGAAUGAUAUUCGGUUGUUUUUAGAGGCGAGGGCACGAGAGGUGGUCGCCGGAGGACUGAUGGCUCUUCUUGUUCCGGCGGUUCCUACUUUCGAGAUUCCCGACAACUCGUUCGCGACCCCGACGGAGUUGGAUCUUGUAGGUUCUUGCCUUGUGGACAUGGCUAAGAAGGGUAAAAUCAAGAAAGAGAAGAUAGAUUCGUUCAACUUUCCAAUGUAUCUCACAAUUCCACAAGAAUUUCAGACAAUAUUAGAGAGAAACCCCAAGUUUAGCAUAGAGAGGUUCGAAAUAAUCGACAGCCCGGGAAAAAGCACCUUAGCCGGCGCUAAUGCUCGCGCCGGAUUCAUGAGGGCAAUCUUGGAGGUUUUGCUGAUAAAUCAUUUCGGCGGUGAAAUCAUAGAUGAAUUAUUCGACAGAUACACGAAGAAACUUGCAUCUUCGCCGGUUUUCAUUGACCCUAACAAUGAUAAAUCAAUUCUCAUAUUAGUCAUCCUUAAGCGCAAACCCGAAUGA